AUGAUGGAUCGACGAUUGAGCAACGUGCAGCUCCAGCAACGGCUGUACGAAUCGGAAUCAGGCUAUCAGCAACGAUACGGCGACGGUUCACCGUGUCACAGUAUCGUCGAUCAAACGGCGGAUCAUCAACAACAACGUCCAAGUAUCGUGCAGCAACCGAAGUCGGCGCGAUCCAGCGUAGGCAGAUCGGACAGCGGCUCGGAUCGUGGAAACGAUCGUUACACCGGCUACUAUUUGGGGGCUGCCAAGAUGGCCACCAGACGGGGAGAGCCACUUUGAAGAAGCUUAAGCGCGUUCUCGCGGACCAGUGGACUGGUACGUUUUACACGACACGUUUUGGGAUCACGAUAUAUCGGGGUAUAAAUUGGCGAUCGUUCGUUUGCGACGUUUGUUGUGAGCACGUGUUCGAGGAACACGUUCGAGACGUGGCACAGGAGAAAUAAAUUGCUCCUGAGAGGGGGGGGAAUGAAGAGUAUAUGAGUUGGACGGUGGCCAAGAGAGGUCGCUAGUUUCGCAUAUUCGUCGUGUUUAACCUCUAAUUAAAGGUGUUGUUUGUUUCGAGGAAAAGAUGAAUAAGAUGUUAAUCUUAAUUAGAGGGAAUAAUAAAGAAGGAAUUUAUAUGUAUAAAGGAUCGUUGGAUUUCACGAGUUGUCUCGUAAGUUGCGAAGGAGAGGAUAAUAGAAAGAAUUUCUUUUUUUCCUGGUGGCCGCUGUACAAGCUCGUGACCAGAUUUUAACGAUCAACUCGACAAUAUAUGGAUGAGGAGGAGAUGGAUGAGGCGACGAGAGAAAGAUGCGGGCUCGGAAGGUAAUACUCGCACGUGGACUGACCGGAUUGACUAUUUUUCGUCCAUUUUUUUUUUCAAACGGAGUCCAAUUUGAGAGAGAAAAGAGCAGAAACGAAGAGGGCGAAUGUUCGAUUCGAUUCGAUUCCAAGUUUCUCGACGACAAAGCAGCUCUGACGAAGAAAAAUUCAGCCGAAUGGAACCAACUUAUUGGAGCUGUUCUUUCUUGUGGAGAAUCGUGAGGAGGAACCAGAAAGGAUUUCGCGUUAACACGAUUCGAACGCUGGAAAAAUUUCACAUACGUAUACAUACACGCAUACACUUGAUAGGAAUCGAUCAAAAGAGGGAAUCGAAAGAGGAAUUAAAAAAAAAAAAAAAAAAAUAAAGUCUCCCUCGAUCGCGAAUUCUAUUAUACAC